AUGCAAUGUCUUCGACAUGUGACCAUCAGCAUCAUUGACUCGUCUUAUGGAUACCUCUGCAACGAGGGAUACAACAGUAAGUCAGCAACCCUUCCAUCAUUCAUGACUCCUCUUCCCGCUCCAUAA